UUUCCAGGCCUUUUUGUAACCCUUUUUGUCUUUUCACUUGCUCUUUUUUAUUUUUUCUCUCUCCUUUUGCUGGGGUUUGAGCGUUGAGAUUUGAAAAAGUGUUGUUUUGAGGCGUUUUUCGAUCCGUACCUCAAGUUUUUAGUAUGCAGUGAUUUCUAUCGGGGCUAUUCAGUACUGAGUGACACUGGCCAAGUACGUGCUUGCAGUCGUGUGAAAUCAUGCAACUGGUUUUUAAAUGGCCUUGGCAGUUCUAUUUUUACGUAUGUACGAUGAUAUUUGUUUUUAACCCUUUUUCCUUUUUUGUUCUCUGCCAUUGACUUUUGCUGUAGAUAUGCUUUGCUUGUAUUUUGCGGUGUUGUUCAUGAGAGUUUUGUGAUUUUGAUGUCACCGAGCGAAGCAUUUGCUUUUAUUUUGGUCUUUUCUUUACCCAAAAGUCAUUUUCAGACCUGGUGACGUUUUAAUGGAAACUUUUCUUGCAGCUUACCUGUCACGUUUGUUUAUUUUUGCUGGUUUUUCUUUCAUUUUUUAAUGCCUUAUACUUUUGCAGAUGAUUUUAAGGUGAAGUGAUUUUUGGAUGUGCUCAUUUUUCACGUAUAUCAUGCAAAUUAAGGUGUCUAUGAAGGGAAUAAUUGUUUCUUUGGGGGAAGUAUCAAUCAGUGCGUCUUUGCUUUCACCGAAGAUGAACAGACUCUCCUUUGCAGGAGAAGAAUGACCGGGAAGAGUCAGACCAGCAAUGUCACUAACAAGAACGACCCACGCUCCCUCAACUCACGGGUCUUUAUCGGCAACCUCAACACUGCCAUUGUGAAAAAGGGCGACAUCGAGGUCAUCUUCGCCAAGUACGGCAAGAUUGUGGGCUGUUCGGUGCACAAGGGUUACGCUUUCGUCCAAUACAUGAGUGAAAGGAACGCACGGGCGGCCGUGGCAGGCGAGAACGCCAGGAUUAUUGCAGGACAGCCGCUGGAUAUUAACAUGGCCGGAGAGCCCAAACCCUACAGGCCUAAAGCAGGAUCCAAACGACCCCUAACUGCUGUCUACAGUGGUUAUGAAUUUGAUUAUGAUUACUACAGAGAUGAUUUCUACAAUAGGCUCUUUGACUAUCACGGACGGGUGGCUCCUCCUCCGAGGGCAGUGAUCCCGCUGAAGCGCUCGCGAGUGGUACUUCCAUCCACUCGACGCGGGAAGAGUUCCUUCCCUAUUAAAACCUCCUCCGCUUCUUCCUCAAGACCUCCAUCAUCAUCAUCGUCCUUCUCCUCUGGGCUGAAAUUGAAGACCGAUCAACUCCAGACUAUCAAACGUGAGCUGACUCAGAUCAAGAUGAAGAUCGACUCUCUUCUGGGUCGCCUGGAGAAGAUCGAGAAACAGCAGCGAUCCGAGUGCGAGCCUCAUAGGAAAUAUGAGGAUAACUGUGACUCUUUGCAUGAGGAGUCGAUAUCGGAGACGGCGGACAACUCCGGAGAAGAGGGAGGAGAGGGACCGCUGGAUGCAGAGGCGGGAGAAAUGACAGAUGGUGGCGAGGAUGACUACGACGAAGAAGGCAGCACUGAUCUGAUGGAGAAUCAUGUGUCUGAUAUUGACAACUGAAGAAUGCAUCAGUUCUGCAUCCAGAGAGGAAAUCAACUCUGCAUUGAACAGAAGACAUGAAACCACGUGAAGACGGACGUCUCUUCUCAGAGGCCAUGAAGGCAGAGCAAAUAUUUUGACAAGUUUAGCAUCUGCUAGUCACAACCGCUGUUUUUCAUUUUUAUAGCGUUUGGCACAUUCAAUCAUAUUUGAUUUGCACAUAUCCUGUAAAAGUCAAAUAAGUUCAUUUUGAAGUUCAUCAUGCAAACAUUGAUAUUUUUUCCAUCAAGGAUCAUUUCUUUGAGCAAAGAUUUUUACAGUCUGUGUGGAAAAUGAGCCUUAAAUGUCAGAAAAAUGUAACACGGCAUUUUUGAAACCUUCAGUAUUAAAGAAUUUAUUUAAAUAAUUCUAGGAUUUUAAAAUAUGAGGUCUGGCAAUGAACAUCAGCCAAACCUUUUUUGUGUGUGUGCUUGAUUUUUUUUUUUUUUUUUUUUAAUACAUCUUUAUUUAUUUUUUUUGAUUGCAUCUGCAUCCCCAUAUUGUCUCUCACAUACACACUCAUACUAGCCAAUUUAUGUUUUCUGUGCAAAAUUUGAUUGAAAACUAAUCAACGGAUCAAAAUAUAUUUUUGAUUCCCAGACCGAAUCAAGUAAAAUAACUAGUUAAGUACUUGGUUUAAUGAAAGUUUUAGCUCCGUACUGCCACAUUAGUUUCAUCAGACUCAAACUUACACACUUCAGGAUGACUGAAAUCUUGUCAGACCACUGUAACUCGAAAAAAAUGAAUUAUGUCUUAAUGUGUCAUAAUUUGUAAUGAUACUGUAAGAUGAUAUUGUACGUACAUUGUCACUGUAUUUUGUUUUCAUCAUGCAUAGCUGUGUGUAAUUCAGAGCGACAUGUUGUAGUCACCGUUUCUGUUCUCUAUGAUGUCAUUCGGGAUGGAGUGUGUCAUAAUGAACUCUAUUUUUGUAUGGCAGAUUUGCAGAAAAAGCUUCAGAAUAUUCAUAUUUGUUCUGCUGACAUUUUCAUUCUGCUACUGUACAUAAUUUGUUUAAAUAAGAAUGUGGAAAUGUAUGUGUAUAGCUUAAAAAAAGAAAAGAAAAAGAUUGAUGGAAAAUGGAUUCAAUCCACUGGAAAAAUGUGAUGAUUUUUUUCUAUAUUUUGAAAUCGGCGUCAUGUUUGAGAGAAAAAUGAUUCUAUACCGGUCUAGGUCACUGACUUCAUCUCAGAGGCCUAGAAAUAUAACUGAAUUACUUCAUAUUGUAUAGAAAUGUAAACUAUUUGUAAAGAUAUUUUUAUGAUUGGCAUGUUAAUUAAUGUAUUUUCAGUUUGUUGUCUGGCUAUAGGCUUUGUGGUAUAGGAACAGACUGCCGUUACAAUCACUAUAUAAAAAUCACAAUUUUUUUUCUCCUAUAUUUGUUGUGGAGCAGAACCAAAUGCAAUAUUUCAGCUAUUAGGUCAGCCUAAAAUGCACUGGUUUUAAGAAUAAAAGAAAACAUUUAUUGGCA